UUGAGGGCUGUGCAUCUCUGAUGGCUACCACCGGGGAAAAAGCAAUAUAUGAGGAUCAAAAUAAUGUAAAUAUCAUCGAGAAUGUGGUUGAUGUGGCAAACGGUAUCAACGAAUCACCGAAAACCUUAUUUGAAGAAGAUGGCAGCUCCCGCGAUUCUGGUGUCUCAAUGACUAGCUGUAGCGACAAAUCAGAUGCAUCACCCGAGGAAGAUGUGGAUUUUAGCAAACUGGAAUCUGGUCGUGUAGCCCUCACAGACUGUUCCAAUUUCGUUUCAAUUUUACAACGAAACUCGUCUGUCAGCUCAUCACGCAGCUCUUCUUUCUACAACUAUGAUACACCAACAGGGCGUAAGAUGAAGACGGUGUUUGAUUUGGAUUCUCUCGAUCACUCAGAAUAUGAGAAAAGAGUUAUGAGCGAGAGACCAACGGAUAAUCAUCGGAAAAGAACUUCCAGUUCAAUGUCUCCCAGCGUCACGCUCCUGGAUCGCAAGAGAAGCCGGAAUUUGUCUCUUGUUGCUCCACAGAGUGACAAAUCUUGUCGCUAUAAUGGUCUCAAUAACCCGAGGGAUGAUCCAUUCGGUGAUGAAGACGAUGAGGUCUUUGAGCAGAGCAACGUCAGAAACUCUCAAGUUCAGAAUACAUCAAUUUUCGCUCAACCUGCCCCACGAACAGCAACUUCGUUAUGGGAUUUGGCACCGCCGAUGUUUUUUGAACGAAAAACUUCCGAUACGUCAGGCAACGGAUCUUUCCAGGAGAGACCAAAACAAAUUUUGCGUGCGAUGAGCGUUGGUGAGAUUGAUUCUGAACUUCCUCCAACGUUAGAAGUGAAGUACACUCUUCCCGGUGUUGAUAAUCCACAGAGAGAGUCACAAGCAUUCCGGAGUAUCUCACCUACUACUUUACUCUUGGAAUUUCAACGUCUUGGAGAUGAUUUCGAUAAGAAAUACAUUAUAGUCGACUGUCGUUUUCCAUUUGAGUACAAGGGUGGUCAUGUGAAAGGAGCUAUCAAUUUGUUUCGUCAUGACAAGAUCAAGCCAAUAUUUUUCCCAGAAAACGGCGAAGCCAGUUCUUUUCAAAAUCGUGUUCCGAUCUUCUAUUGCGAAUACAGUCAGAAACGGGGGCCAACAAUGGCUCAUGCUGUACGUUCUAUUGACCGCGUGUUGAAUGAACUUCGUUAUCCACAUGUCGAAUAUCCGGAAAUGUAUUUGUUGGACUAUGGCUAUAAAUCGUUGUGGAGUACUGCUGAAUGUCGUCAGAUAUGUGAGCCAUGUUCUUACAUUCCAAUGACACACAGUUCAUUUUCGAUGGAAUUUAAAUCGGCUCGUCUCGAACGGCAUCAUUCAAUGGCUUCGUUGAAACCUAAUGGAGAAACCAGUCAUCGCGAGGAAAAGAAGAAAAGAUGUACUCGUAGUGUAAUUCGAAGAAAUAAUUCUUCUUUGAACAUGUUAUCAAGGUCGUCUAGUGCUUUAACCUCUACUGGAAGCAAGACAAGCAGCAUGGAGAAUAUUCUUUAUGGUUUGGAUGAUGAGAGACGACCCAAAUGGGUUUCUGCGUUCGAUAUUCAAAGCACGGAAUCGGAGAAUGAUUUAGAUGCAGCUCUUAUCUAUCAGCGCAAUAUAAGUUCAAAUGCUUCAAAUGCGUCUUCCAUAGUCAACCUAGCUGAAGAGCGCAUUGUUCAACUUGGGCUCCAGGUGAUCACACCGGAUUUCCCAGAUCGCCCGUCAGAAUCAUCGUCAACCACACCAGCAGGAGAACAUCUCCCACUCGGGGAAGGGGGUCAUCAGAUUCCUUGUGGAAUUCUUGACUUCUCAUCGAUUUCUGACGACGCCGAAUAAUAGCACCCUCUCUCCCAUUACUUUUAUUUAUCAUUCUGUUUAAACUUUGUUAAUUUUCAUCCCAUCUUUUUCUUAACUUAUUUUCCGUUUCUCGUUUCUUUUUCUAUUUUGAGUCACACUUUGCAGGUCUCCGUUUCGACUGGUUCCUCUUCUACCAACCCAUUCUUUUAAAUCAGUCCCUUCUUGGUCUCUAAGCAAUGUGGCUUCAUUGCAAUACGCUUCCAAGACUGAAGGGUUUUUUUUUUAACUCACGCCUUAUGCCUAGGUCAUCUAUCUAAUAGUUGUCAAACAAACUACUCAGUCACUGAGGAUCUUUAACUCUCUAAAUCACUUUCGCCAUUCCCAACCACGCAUUUACUGUACCAUGACUUUCAUUCUUUUGAUCAUUUUUAUUUUCUUUCAAAAUGAAGCCCCCUAGCACACUGU